AUGGAUUUCGAUCGUUUGUUCAGCAUCAUGGGUGACGAAGAAGGCGUUGCUAGGGAUCUCCCUCACGACGGAACAUCAGCUCCAUCGUCUUCCGAACCUAGCUUCGCCAAAAACCUCGAUCAAGUAACAUUUCGUGGAAUAACCUUUCGAUGGGGGAGCGCACCCAGCUUCCUUGAUUUAGGCAGCUUGGGAGCCGCUCACCAGUGGUUGAACGAUUCUGUCGAGGCUAUCGAAACCAGCCCUGAGACAAGGAAAGGCCUCACUUUCCUUCUCCUCCUCAGGAACGCCACGCUGAAGAGGAUCUUGCAUCACCCGGACUUCCGCGACGAGGCGCGAUGUUCGCACUGGCCGGCGACAUUUCUCGGUGGCGUACACCUAUCCCUUACCGAGAAAAUCGAGCGGAUUAGAAACGAAAUCCUUGACAUCCAAGGCCCUGCAGGCCUCACGCGGUUGCCCAACGGCGCUAACGCACUAAGGAUAUCUCGAGAGGCGGUGCAUUUAUCAAAUCAGUGUGUAUACUUCGAAGAAGUCUUUCACGGAUUAGCUUCGGCCAUAACCCUCAUAGAGUCAAAGUCUAGCAAUAAUCGCUACUAUGAUCCCAAGCGCAAACUGUACUCCCUGAAGCAAGAAUUCGAGCGCGCAGGAAGCUAUUGUGUAGGUGGUCGCGAGAGAUGUGCGACUCCGAUCCGGGGCGUGCAGAUAGUCAUCGCCCAGCGCGACCAAGAGGCAACGCUCAAACUAGCAGCCGAGUCUACCAAUAUUGCCCGCGCUAGUUGGCAAGACACAACGUCCAUGACGGCCAUCACAGUCAUCACGAUGGUAUUUUUACCCGGAACGUUUACAGCGACCCUGUUCUCGAUGCCGUGGUUUGAGGAUCUGGCUGGGAACGGAAACGCCACCAUACAGAUGAAGGUGUAUACGAUUUUGACUGUAUUGCUCACUGCUGGCGUCAUUUCCGGUUGGCGCGUCUGGUGCCGGAUACGGCAUAAGAGAAGAAAUCAGGAGAUCUCUGCUCAAAUAGACAAUAAUAAGCUGGAGGCUGGAGCUAUCAGAGGAGGCGUUGAGACUACUUCAGCUUGA